AUGACAACACCUCAUACUUACCUUGAUGGCACAAGCCCUUUCACGUACAUGGGUUCGUGGGCCGUGAGGAUCUCUCAUAGCACGGCGACCUUGUCCCCAGGGGAGCCUUGCGGUUUGUACGAGCUUCGGCUCGUGCACCGUCUCAAUAUUUUCCUG